CUAAGCUAAGGCUAUAAAUUAUUUACAUUUAUUAUUGAUAGUCCAGUGACUUUGGAGUAGCUGAUCAUAUAUAAAGAAAUUCCUGUUAAAUAUUAUGUAGUUUCUUAUUUUUUUCUGUUCCCAUAUCCCAUAAAAUGUAAGGACACAAAAAAGCCAUUUUGAAAACAAGUGCACCAAAACACAAAACCCAUGAGUCUGAAUCAAUCAGAGUAACCCUCAAUUUUCUUGUCUAUAGAAAAUCACUGAAGAUCAAGAAAAGGAGAAGUGCAAUGUUGAAUAUGCAUCUUUAUGGUCAUGGCCUUCUGUGAAAACUGAUGAGGUGACAAUAGACCAGCAGAAUUCACUACAGUACAAACACCUUAAAAAAUACAUCAGAGAAAAUGUAAAGGAGAUGGUUCAUGAACAACUUGAAAAUGCUGAACUUAUUAUUCAUCCUAAGGAAGAGCCUGUACCUGAUGACUCUAGAAGAGAAAUAUCCACAAAGGUUAAAGAAAAGAAGUCAGGGUAUCUGCAUAUACCCGUUUUCGAGUCUUUUGAGCACAGAAUCGCUGCACUGCGGGCUACCGCACAUGUUGAACCAGCUCCUGCUGCCUGCCCUCGUGAUGCAGGUGACUUGGGUGACAUGGACAAGGCUUUCAAGGCUCAAUUGGCCCGUGCAGUUGCUUUGGCUGACAGCACUGAGCACCAAAGAUGGCAACCGCACACUGACCCUGAGCUUGCUCCUGGUCACCGCACUGGUGACGCCAGGGACCCUCCUCACAAUGCUGACCUGGCUCUUGACAAGCUCAGUAUUGAUCUAGAAUCUGCUCCUCUCUGUGGUCCCAGUGACACUAAGGAUCCUGCUAAUGACGCUGACCUAGCUUUUCACACUGCACAUCCAACUGGCCGCUUCAGACCAAGCAUGAGCACCAACAACAGGUCUGACCUAUACAUGGGUGAUAUACCAGAUUCUACAAGAGUAGUCUGGAGAUCUUACCAAGAAGCUUCCAGUAAAAAGAACGAUGGCCAGGUUGGUGCUGCAGUUGAUUGACAGUCCUUUGAAGCAGUCAAAUUGAUAUCUACAUUAGCAAGAAUUUUAAAACAUAUAGAAAUUCAAAAGAAAAAUAUUCCUCUGAAAGAGGACAUUCUAUAUAUUGAACUCUGUACACAAAUUUUUAAUGAUUUUCAAUUAAAAUAUACUAUGAAAAAUUUUAAA